AUGGGCUCCAAAGCAGGCUUCCGACCGAGCCUCCUCACCUCCGCCGCAUCCUCCUCCUCCACCACCACCGCCACCGCCGCCGCGCCCCGCCGAAUCUCGCCGCCCUCCGCCGACGCACUCACCCCCACGAUCCUCAACCACCUCCGCUUCGGCCGCCUCUCGAAAGCAGUCUCCGUCCUCUUCUCCUCCGCCGUCUCCUUCCCUUUCUCCCUCUACGCCGACCUCCUCCGCGCCUGCGCCUCGACGAACGCCGUCACCGAGACCCGGAAGCUCGAGUGCCACCUUCUCACCUUCAACCCCAACCCGCCGUCGUUUCUCCUCAAUCGGGUCAUCGAGAGCUACGGAAAAUGCGGCUCCCUGCUCGACGCCCGCGACCUGUUCGAGCAAAUGCCCAACAGAGACGGUGGGUCCUGGAACGCCAUCAUUGGGGCCCACUCUAGGAACGAGCUGCCUCGGGCCGCGCUUGGCCUGUUUGCCCAGAUGGCCCAAGAGGGGGUCCGGCCGAGCGAGGUCACGCUUGCUACUGUCCUCGGCUCCUGCAGGGACCUCCUGGAGCUCUGGAUGUCGAGGAAGAUCCACGGGCUUGUCUUAAAAUAUGGUUAUGUGGGGAAUAUUAUUCUCGAGAGCUCUCUCGUGGAUGUGUAUGGAAAAUGCGGGGUCAUGGCCGAUGCCCGUAGGAUGUUUGAUGAUAUAGAGAACCCGAAUGACGUCACCUGGAAUGUGAUAAUCAGAAGGUAUCUGGAUACAGGCCAGGGGAGUGAGGGAUUGAAAAUGUUUCGUGAAAUGGUGAGGACGAAGGUGAACCCUUUGUGUCACACAGUGUCGAACGCGAUUCUUGCUUGUUUGGGUUCUGGUGGAGUUAGAGUGGGCAUUCAAAUUCAUGGAUACAGUGUUAAGAUCAAUCUGGAGUGUGAUGAGGUUGUCACGAGUACUCUAAUCGGCAUGUACUCGAAAUGCGGUGAUUUGGAGAGCACGAGACGGAUUUUCGACUCUCCCGAUUCGAAAAACCUGAUUAACUAUACUUCUUUGGUCUCGGGUUACGCUACAAGCGGGAGAUUGGCUGAGGCUCGAGCCCUGUUCGACGAAAUGCCCGAAAGGACAGUUAUAUCCUGGAACGUGAUGUUAGCUGGCUACACGCGUGUUUCAAAGUGGGACGAGGCAUUGGCUUUUGUGAUUAUGAUGCGUAGAAAAACGAGCGACAUGGAUCAUGUCACGCUAGGCUUGAUUUUGAACAUUUGUGCAGCAAUUCCGGAUUUAGAACUCGGAAAACAAGCACAUGGCUAUGCCUACAGACAAGGGUACCAUUCCAAUCUUUACGUUGCGAAUGCUCUUCUCGACAUGUACGGGAAAUGCGGCAACUUGAAUAAAGCUCGAGUUUGGUUCUACCAGAUUUCCCAUUUACGGGACAAAGUUUCUUGGAAUGCUCUACUGACGGGCCAUGCACGUCACGGGCUGAGUGAGGAAGCCAUGGAGAUUUUCGGGAAAAUGCUUGAAGAGACCAAGCCUAGUAAAUUCACAUUCGCGACCCUUUUGGCCGCUUGCGCGAAUAUAUUCGCGCUCAAGUUUGGUAAACAGGUCCACGCCUUCAUGGUGAGAAAUCGUUACGAUUUCGAUAUAGUUAUAAACGGAGCCUUAGUCGACAUGUACUCAAAAUGUCGUUGCAUUGCGUACGCGAUGCGCGUUUUUGAAUGGGCCUGCUCAAAAGACGUGAUCUUGUUCAACUCCAUGAUUUUGGGCUGUUCGCGUAAUGGGAUGGGAAGUGAAGUAGUCCGUUUUUUCGAAGAAAUGGAGAAGGAAGGCUUCAGGCCCGAUCACGUCACAUUUCAAGGCGUGCUGCGUGCUUGUAUUAGUGAGGGUUGGAUUGAGUUGGGCAGAAGGUAUUUUGAGCUGAUGAGUGAUAAGUGCUAUUUGUUGCCGCAGGUGGAGCAUUACGAGUUGAUGGUCGAGCUGUAUGGGCAGCACGGGUUUAUGGAUGAGCUCGAGGUUUUUGUGAAGGAAAUGCCUUUUGACCCGACUGUAGGAAUGUUGACCAAAGUGGUUGACUUUAGCCGGAAGUAUGAGUGUCUCCGGUUAGGGGAAUGGGCUUGUAGUCGGCUUAACGAAUUGAACCCGCCGGGGAAACAAAUCCACAAUCUUUUCCUCAAAAUGGGCGUCCUUUAUUCCACAGUCACCAUCGCCAAUCGCCUUCUGCAGAUGUACAGCAGGUGCGGAUCAAUUGGUGAUGCCCGCAAACUGUUUGACGAAAUGCCCCAAAGAAACCUCUUCACCUGGAACACCCUUCUAGAAAGAUACGCCAAGACGGGCCGUAAAACCGAUCUAUUUAGCCUUUUCCACUCGAUGCCCGACAAGAACGAGUUCUCUUGGAACGUGAUCCUGUCAGGCUUGACCCGGUCAGGAGAUAUGGAAUCUGCCGAGCAGUUGUUUCGUGAAAUGCCGAAGAAGAAUGAUAUAGCGUGGCACACGAUGAUUCAUGGGCAUGCGAAGAGCAUGAGAUCGAGGAUGGCCUUAGCGUCGUUUAAGGAUUUUCUAAAAUGGGAGUCGAGCGAGAAAGGUGGCGUCUUUAGCUCCGAUCCUUUCGUUUUGGCCUCGGUUAUCGGGGCUUGUUCGGAUUUGGGAGCCCUCGAUAUGGGGAGGCAAGUUCACGCGAGAUUGAUAAUCGAUGACGUGGAGUUUGACUCGGUCUUGGAAAGUUCGCUCGUGAACAUGUACGGAAAAUGUGGCGAUUUGGAUAGUGCGGGCUGUGUUUUGAACGAAAUGGCGGCGGGCCCGGAUGAUUACUCAUUGUCGUCUUUGAUUUCGAGCUAUGCGAAUUGCGAUAGAAUGAACGAGGCGAGAAGGAUUUUCGAACUUAAAACAAAUCCUUGUGUUGUGCUGUGGAACUCCAUAAUUUCUGGAUAUGUUACAAAUGGUAAUGCUUUCGAGGCCUUGGUAAUUUUCGAUCGAAUGCACAAGAGUGGGAUUUCGGGCGAUUUUUCGACAUUUUCUAGCGUUAUGAGCGCGUGCAGUAAUAUCGGCAAUUUUAGAAAUUGCAUUCAAUUUCACGCAUUGGCUAAAAAAAUGGGAAUCAUUUACGAUCUCCUCGUCGCUAGUGCUUUUAUCGACGCGUAUGCAAAGAGCGGAUGCCAUUUCGACGCCAUCAAUUUUUUCACCGAGCUAAAAACUUACGACACGGUUUUACUGAACUCGAUCAUCACCGUUUACUGUAACUGCGGUAAAAUUCCCGAGGCAAAAUCGAUUUUCGACCAUUUGGAUUCGAAAAGAACACUAAUCUCGUGGAAUUCAAUGAUGGUCGGGUUGAGUCAGAACGGUUACCCUUCCGAAACGUUACAACUUUUUAUCGAAAUGAAUCGAUUAAAUCUCGUCAUGGACAAAUUUACCCUCUCGAGCGCCAUCGCCGCAUGCGCGAGUAUACCCUCGUUUUCGCUCGGCGAACAAAUUUUUGCUCGGGCCGUAGUCAUUGGGGUUGACUUUGACCAAGUCAUAUCGACCUCUCUCGUCGGCUUCUACUGCAAAUGCGGUUUCGUAAAAAUCGGGCAAAAAUUGUUCGACCGAAUGACGAAAUCGGACGAGGCCUCGUGGAACUCGAUGCUGACGGGCUACGCGACAAACGGGCUUGGGCCCGAGGCCCUUGCCCUGUUUCGGGAGAUGAGGCUCGCUGAGGUGGCGCCAUCUGGCGUCACGUUCACGGCCGUUUUGUCUGCGUGCGAUCAUUGUGGGCUCGUGGAGGAAGGACAAAAUUGGUUUCGACUGAUGAAAGACGAGUACGGUAUUUGUCCGGGAGUCGAGCAUUAUUCGUGCGUGAUCGGGCUUUUGGCGAGGGCCGGGAGGGUUCGGGAGGCGGUCGAGCUUGUGGAAGGGGUUAGUGAGGAGAGGCGUGACGUCAGCAUGUGGGCGGCGGUGCUUAGGGGAUGUGUCGAGAGCGGAGAUCGGGGGCUGGCGGAGAAAGUGGCGGAGAGGAUAAUGGAGAUUGAUUGCCGGAAUUCGGGGGCGAUGGUGCAGCUGGCGGCGGUUAUGGCGGCCGGAGGGGAUUGGCGGCGGUCGGAGAUGGUAACAUUGAAAUCAAAACAAGAAAUGAGUGGAUCAUAUGAACUCGCCAAAACAUGGGGAACAAUACUUAGAGGGAGGAGUGGAAUUAAAUAUGUCUGA